AUUGUAUAAAUAUUUUACGUUUCUUGUUAAUGUAUUGUUUGCCAUACAAGGUUUAACGGUACAUUCGCACGAGUGUCGGUUUAGAUCGUUCAGUGAAACUAAACAUAAAAUAAAACACCCAAAUCACGUUUCGAGAUGUACGAUUUUAUGGGUAAAAUUAUGUUUUAAGUUGAUCAACCGUUCGGAGUUACUCAGCCGUUCACCGAUAUGACAGUGGCCAAAACCAUGAACGCCAUCAACAAGGGCGUACAUCUAUUCGGUGCCGUGCUCUUCACUUAUUCGCUUUACUAUUACUAUACCUACGUAAACAUACCGGCUCAUCUGAACCCCCUGGACGAGGCCGUGGGUGGAAAAUUUAAAUACUUGACGUUCUGUAACUUGGUCAUACAAACGUUUUUCUAUCUGUUUGCGGUGUUCAUCGACCAGAUUGCCGUGUACUUAUGCUCGACCAUCACGUCAGAAUUUUUGAAAAGCUGCAAACAUAAUUUUUUCGCCAUUUUCGCGUUUCCGCUGUCCAUGUUUAUUGCUGUAAGCUUUUGGCCGUUGUGGUUUACUGACAAGACCUUAGUAAUGCCAAUGCAUUACGAUAUAUACUUUCCAACCUGGUUGAAUCAUGUUACACAUGCCCAUAUUUUUAUAUUUGCAAUAUUAGAAAUGAUCACGACUUAUCGAAUAUAUCCAUCCAGAACAAUUGGACUAUCAUCAUUCAUUGCUUUUAAGGUCGUCUACUUAAUUUGGAUUAAUUAUAUAUUUUACAAAAGUGGAAUGUGGGUUUACCCAAUUCUUGCAAAGUUAAACUUACCAUUAAGAGUGAUGUUCUUCACGGGAACCUUUUUAUACGCUCCGUUUACUUAUUUGGUCGGCGAACACAUUAAUAAUGUUUAUUGGGGCGCUAAUCAUUCAAUCAAAUCAAAAAAAUUGAAGGAUGAAAAGAACGCAUAACUACUAAUAAUGUUAAAUGAUGACAAAACCUACAUGUGUUUAUUAAAGUAUAUUGAAAUAUGUACUAGUAGUUGUUCGUUUAAAUUUGAAUGAAACAUUGAAAAUAUGUUUCAAACGAUA